AUGCCUUCCAAUCCUUCUUCUCCCGCUACCUCCAGCCACACUCAACACUCCGAUACAGAACCUGCAUCACCACCUGCCGUACAUCAUGACGAAGAAAACCCCUCACACGUUAACUCAGAGAAAGAGAAAGAGAAAGAUGAGAAGAAGUCGUAUCUCGUCGAUUGGGAACCAAAUGACAAGGCCAACCCUCGCAAUUGGUCAACGUCCUACAAGAGCUGGAUAACCUUUCAAUUGGGAAUGCUCGCCCUGUCUGCCAGUCUGGGCAGCAGCAUCAUAUCCCCAGCCGAAGAUGCCAUCAUGGCCUACACCCACAUCAGCUCCGAAGUUGCAGUCUUGCCUAUCUCCUUCUACAUCCUGGGAUUCGCCUUUGGCCCGCUGUUAUGGGCUCCAAUCUCCGAGGUUUGGGGCAGGAAAUUGAGCAUGGAGCCCGCCAUGUUCUGCCUUGGCCUCUUCUCCAUCGGCACGGCUACCAGCACUAGUGCUGCGUCCAUCUUCAUCACACGGUUCUUUGGUGGUGUCUUUGGAUCUGCGCCUGUGAGCAACGUAUCCGCCGCGCUGGGAGAUAUGUGGGCGCCCAAGGCGAGGGGCACCGCUGUGACUUUCUACGCCGUUGCUGUUGUUGGCGGACCGACGCUUGGGCCUGUGAUCGGAGCCGCUCUCACGGUGAACAAGCACAUGGGAUGGCGCUGGACUGAAUACAUCGAAGCGAUUUGGGUAUUUACCAUCUUCGCCAUAACCACCUUCUUCCUCCCUGAACUCUAUGGUCCCGUGCUCCUCAAGCGCCGCGCCGCCUCUUUGCGCAAAUCGACUGGUAACUCAGCGUACUGGCACCCGCAUGAGAACGUAAAACUCGACUUCAAAUCAAUCGUUACAAAGCAUCUCGCACGACCUUUGCGCAUGCUGUUCACGGAACCGAUGGUCGCUUGCAUCGCUUUGUACGCUAGUUUUGUCUACGCGCUACUGUACUUGACAUUGGAGGUCUUUCCUAUCGUCUUUGCUCAAAUGCGCCAUUACAGCCUUGUCGUCAGUACGCUUCCGUUCCUCGGCCUAUUCGUCGGCGUGCUCGCCGCCGUCUUCAUCAAUCUUGCCAACCAACCCCGCUACAUACGCAUCGUGGACCAGAACGGUGGCAGACCGGUCCCCGAGGCUCGUCUCCCGCCCAUGCUCGUUGGUGGCUUACUCUUCGCUAUCGGGCUUUUCUGGUUCGGAUGGACCGCGGCUCCUCAUUUUUCAUGGGCUCUGCCGACCGUGGCGGCAGGCUUUAUUGGCGCGGGUUUCAAUGUCAUUUUCCAGCAGUGCAUCAACUUUUUAGUCGACUCUUACGGCCUCUAUGCCGCUAGUGCUGUGUCGGCGAACACGUUUCUGAGGAGUUUGCUUGCUUGUGCGUUUCCGCUGGUCGCGAAGCCGAUGUUUAAGAAUCUUGGAGUAGGGCCCGCAAUGAGUGUCUUGGGCGGUGUUGCAUGUCUUGCAUUGCCGGUGCCAUUAAUCUUGAUGAGAUAUGGCCUAGGGCUUAGAAGGAUGUCGAAGUUUGCUCCGGUACAUGACUAG